AAACAUCAAAUUUCUUCUUCUUCUUCAUAUUUUAAAAUCAAAAUCUAUUCAAUUUAGUCCUUUUUCUUAACCAUCAAUAUGAGACGAAAGUGCAACUUGGAACUGGAGCUUUUUCCUUCACGUAUUUUUCCAGGCCAUCGUCAAAACAUGGUGGAAGAGAGCAAAAGAAUCCCACAAAAUCAACAGCAGCAGCUAACAAUUUUCUAUAAUGGAAGAGUUUGCGUUUGUGAUGUUACAGAGCUUCAGGCAAGAGCUAUUUUAAUGAGGGCAAAUCGAGAAGCGGAUGAAAGAAUAAAAACUCCAACAGGAUCGGAACCGGAUUCACCAACAUCGUCAUCAUCGACAUCCCCGUCUCGAUUAUGUAGCCCUAAUGCUGGUCUUUCCAUGAAGAAAUCCCUUCAAAGGUUCCUUCAAAAAAGAAAGAACAGAAUCCAAGCUACCUCCCCUUACCAUUAAAACAUAACUUAUGAUCAUCAAAUAUCUUUGCAAAUUUAAAAAAAAAAAAAAGUAGAUUAAAGGAAGGAAUUGGACUGAAUUGAAUUAAAUUGAGAGUUAUAUGUCCUUUUUUGUCUACCAAUUUCCAAGAAAUUGGAAUUGGGAGGCUUUUCUCUUUCUUUCUUUCUUUCUUUUUUUCCUUCCUUCUCUUAUUUUGUAAAUUAAUGUAUGAAAUAUGGAUUGUAGCUUGAAGAACCAUCAAUUUUAGAUUUGUUUUAUUGUUCUCUCUUCUUUCUUUCUUUUUCCAAUUUAACUUUAAUUAUUGGUUGAA